AUGGCCACCCUCGUGCCCCGCACCGUCCUCAUCACCGGUUGCUCCUCCGGCAUCGGCCUCGCCGUCGCCGUGAGGUUGGCGCAGGACCCCCAGCAACGCUUCCAUGUCAUCGCCACCAUGCGGGACCUACGGAAGAAGGAGAAAUUGGAGGAGGCGGCCGGACCAGCGCUGGGAAAGACGUUGAGCAUCCAACGCCUGGAUGUCUGCAGCGACAGCUCAGUGGCAGAGUGCAUGGAGAACAUCCCCGGGGGACGGGUGGAUGUGCUGGUGAAUAACGCCGGCGUGGGGCACGUCGGUCCGGUGGAGAGUAUCAGCGUGGAGGAGAUGAAGCGCAUCUUCGAGACCAACUUCUUUGGGGUCGUGAGGAUGAUCAAAGCCGUCCUCCCCGACAUGAAGCGGCGACAGAGUGGUCACAUCGUGGUCAUCAGUAGUGUCAUGGGGCUGCAGGGGAUUGUCUUCAAUGACGUCUACGCCGCCUCCAAGUUUGCCGUGGAGGGGUUCUGCGAGAGCCUGGCCGUGCAGCUGCUGCAGUUCAACGUCUUCGUCUCCAUGGUGGAACCGGGCCCCGUGAACACGGAUUUUGAGUUGAAGCUGAUGGAAGAGGUUUCACGCUCCGAGUUUCCCGGCACCGACCCGGCUACCGUGCGGUACUUCAAGGACGUAUCCCUGCCGGCUUCCCACGAAAUCUUUGCCACGCUGGGGCAGAGCCCUGCCGCCGUGGCUGAGGCGAUCGUGAAUGUGAUCAGAGCCAGGCGUCCGGCUUUCCGCACGCAAACCAACAGCCUCUACACGCCGUUGGUGUCCCCCGAGGGAUCCGCAUACUUGAGGGCCACCAACGCCCCCAGCCCUGACUGCUUCCCCCACCGCCAGAGCAAGAACCAGAAGAAGGAGCGGGCGGCAGCCGCGCAACACGCCCAGCAGGAAUUCGGCACCGUCCCCCACUCCUUCGUCUUCCACCGCGGCCGCGUCGGCAAGAACGUGCGGCAGCUCAUCACCGACAUGCGGAAGGUGAUGGAGCCCUACACUGCCAGAGCCCUCAAGGUGCGGAAGAACAACUCCCUGAAGGAUUUUGUGGCCGUGGCCGGGCCCCUGGGGGUGACACACUUCUUGGUCUUCAGUAAAUCGUCCUCCAGCAUCAAUUUUAAACUUUUCCGGCUGCCUGGUGGCCCAACACUGACAUUCAAGGUGAUGCAGUACUCACUGAUCAAGGACGUGGUCUCGUCCCUCAAGCGGCACCGCAUGCACGAGCAGCAGUUCACCCAUCACCCGCUGCUGGUCCUCAGCAAUUUUGGUCUUCAGCAGAUCCAGGUCAAGUUGAUGGCCAGCAUGUUCCAGAACAUGUUUCCCUCCAUCAACGUCCACAGGGUCAACCUCAACAGCAUCAAGAGGUGUUUACUCAUCAGCUACAACACAGAGACGCAGCUCCUUGAUUUCAGGCAUUAUAGCGUGAAGGUCGUGCCUGUGGGCGUGAGCAAAAGCCUGAAGAAGCUGCUGCAGGAGAAGUUCCCCAACAUGAGCCGCCUGGAAGACAUCAGCGAGCUGCUGGUGAAGGACAUAAACCUGUCGGAGAGCGAGGCCGAGCAGGAUGGGACCCACAACGUCUUGGAGCUGCCACAGGCAUACGCUGGCCGAGGCAACAUGAAAGCGCAGCAGAGCGCCGUGCGCCUCACUGAGAUCGGACCCCGCAUGACUCUGCAGCUCAUCAAGGUGGAGGAGGGCCUGGCGCAGGGUAACGUGCUCUACCACAGCUUCAUCCACAAGAUGGAGGCAGAGGUGAAGGAAAUCCUGGCGCGGAAGGAGGCGAAGCUGCAGCUGAAGGCGGAGCGGCAGCAGAAGCAGGAGGCGAAUGUGGAGCGCAAGCGGCAGCAGCGUGAGGCUCACAGGCAGAGGAGCCUGGCGGGGAUCCGGAGGAAACGGCAGCAGGAUGGCGACAGCGACGCCGAGGAUCCCGGUGCGCCGGAGCAGCAGGAUGCGGCCGAGCAGUCGGAAGAGAGUGAUGCCGAGUAUUACCGGCAGGAGGUGGGCGAGGAGCCGGACAAAGAUCUAUUUCCUGACCGUACCAAGAGGAAACGAAGCUCCUCGCGUGCUGCCCCGCUAAGGAAACGACGACGGCACAGCCGGCCGGAGCAUCCCGACACCCCCAGCGCUCACCCCACAGCACCAGGGAAGCAGCGGCAGGGAAACCUGGCACCAAGGGACUCACGGCACCGCAGCAGGGCCAGGCAGGGGGCGGCCAGCCGAAAGCCACACCGAAGAACUGAGCGCCCAGCCCGGGAGGGGGCCGGUCCCGGCUCUGGCCGCGCUGCCUCAAGGCCAAAGGGGCGAGGGAAUCUGCUGACAAAGGGGAAGAUGAUUUUCCGGCGGCCCGGACGUGCCAAGAAGGGGAAGCGUGCCCGUUUUCGUGCCACCUCGAUGUGGUCAGGCAGAGCAGGAAGCCCCCCUGCCUGCCCUGGUAAGGAGGAGGCACGCAGGCACAGCUUCUUCCCCCUUUCUGGCCAAGGCAAGAGCAGCUGCCAGGCUCUGUCUGGGCACAGCCCUUCAGAAGAGGAACCACCAAAAAAAGGAGGAGGACGACAGGAGGAACCCCCCCCCCACACCGAGAUGGCCACCCAUCUCAGUCACUGUGGUAAUUUCAGCAGCUUCCAGGAGUCGCUCUGGCCAGUGCUGGCGGUGCAGUUCCCGCCGGCGUUGGUGGGUAACGGCAUAGCCGUCUACCGUUUCGCCGCCCGCGAGCGCUCCUGGCACAGCGGCAUCAUCUACUCUUUCCACCUGGCCGUCAGCGGGAUGCUCUACUCCCUCUCGCUGCCAUUUUUGGUGGCGUAUUACUACCCGCCCAAGGACUGGCGCUACGGAUCGGUGCUGUGCAAGCUGGAACGUUUCUUUUUCAACUACAACCUCUAUGGCGGCAUCUUCUUCGUCACCUGCAUCAGCCUUAACCGCUACCUCGGCAUCGUUCACCCCCUAUGGGUCCACGGGCGGCUGCAGCCACGCCACGCCAAGGUGCUGAGUGCAGUUGUUUGGGUGCUGGCCGGGGUGCUCUCAGCACCCACCUUUUUUUUUACAGAGCUACAAAAAGCGGAGGGUGUGACCGAGUGUUUGGGGAGCGCAGCCCCGCAGCAGCUGCAGAGGUUUUAUCCCUACAGCCUGCUGCUGGCCGGGCUGGGCUGCGGGCUGCCCUUUCUCCUCACCGCCUCCUGCUACACCGCCAUUAUCCGCACCGUUUUCCGUAAUCCUCACCUCAGCCAGCCGGAAAAAAGGAAGGUGGGAAUGCUGGUGGGGGCGGGCGUGGCUCUCUACGCUUUUUCCUACCUGCCCUACCACAUUUUCCGUAACCUCAACCUAUGGCGUCGCCUGCUGCGACCAGGCAUGGAGGACUGUGCUGUCUCCAAAGCCAUCCACGCCACCGCUCAGGUCUGCAAGAUCCUUGUUAACCUCAACAUCUGCCUGCAGCCGCUGCUCUACGCUGCCCUGGCCGACAGCAUGCAGAGCUGCUGCGGUGCCAGCUGCAGCACCGGCACUGGCACCGCUGCCAAGGAGCGGGCUGAGCACUUGGAGCUGUGGCCAGCAGCCUAGGAGACCCCCGGGGUGGCCCAAGGAGGCUG